AUGAGGCAUGCAGGGAGCGUAAGGAAGGAUGCAGGGUGCGUUGUGGAGGAUGUAGGGAGCGUUGUGGAGGAUGUAGGGAGCGUUGUGGAGGAUGUAGGGAGCGUUGUGGAGGAUGUAGGGAGCGUUGUGGAGGGUGCAGGGAGAGUUAUGAGGCAUGCAGGGAGCGUAAGGAAGGAUGCAGGGUGCGUUGUGGAGGAUGUAGGGAGCGUUGUGGAGGAUGUAGGGAGCGUUGUGAAGGAUGUAGGGAGCGUUGUGGAGGAUGUAGGGAGCGUUGUGAAGGAUGUAGGGAGCGUUGUGAAGGAUGUAGGGAGCGUUGUGAAGGAUGUAGGGAGCGUUGUGGAGGAUGUAGGGAGCGUUGUGAAGGAUGUAGGGAGCGUUGUGGAGGAUGUAGGGAGCGUUGUGAAGGAUGUAGGGAGCGUUGUGGAGGAUGUAGGGUGCGUUGUGAAGGAUGUAGGGUGCGUUGUGGAGGAUGUAGGGAGCGUUGUGGAGGAUGUAGGGUGCGUUGUGGAGGAUGUAGGGUGCGUUGUGGAGGAUGUAGGGAGCGUUGUGGAGGAUGUAGGGAGCGUUGUGAAGGAUGUAGGGUGCGUUGUGGAGGAUGUAGGGUGCGUUGUGGAGGAUGUAGGGAGCGUUGUGAAGGAUGUAGGGUGCGUUGUGAAGGAUGUAGGGUGCGUUGUGGAGGAUGUAGGGAGCGUUGUGAAGGAUGUAGGGAGCGUUGUGAAGGAUGUAGGGGGCAUUAAGAAGAUGAAGGAUACAGGGGGCGUUCUGGAGGAUGAAGGGUGCAGUGGAAGUUAUGAAGGAUGUAGGGAGCGUUAG